UCCCGUCAUGCGCCGCGGUGGUGGCAGUGGCGGUCCCGACUGAGGCGGCGGUAUGGAGGGCGAGAGCACGUUGGGGGUGCUGUCUGGCUUCGUGCUCGGCGCGCUCACCUUCCAGCAUCUCAACACCGACUCCGACACGGAAGGUUUUCUUCUCGGGGAAAUGAAAGGUGAAGCUAAGAACAGCAUUACUGAUUCACAAAUGGAUAAUGUUAAAGUCGUUUAUACAAUUGACAUUCAGAAAUAUAUUCCAUGCUACCGGCUUUUUAGCUUUUAUAAUUCUUCAGGUGAAGUAAACGAACACGCACUGAAGAAAAUUCUUUCAAAUGUCAAAAAGACUGUGGUGGGUUGGUACAAAUUCCGUCGUCACUCGGAUCAGAUAAUGACGUUUAGAGAGCAGUUGCUGCACAGAAACUUACAGACGCAUCUUUCAAGCCCAGAGCUUGUUUUUCUGCUGUUAACACCAAGUAUUGCAACAGAAAGCUGUUCCACUCACUGCCUGGAGCACGCCUUAUAUAAACCUCAGACGGGGCUUUUUCAUAGAGUACCUUUGGUGGUUGCCAAUCUGGGAAUGUCUGAUCAACUGGGUUAUAAAACAGAAUCUGCUUCCUGUACGUCCACUGGCUUUAGCAGAGCAGUGAGAACACACAGUUCUCAGUUUUUUAAUGAAGAUGGAUCGUUAAAGGAGGUGCAUAAGAUAAAUGAAAUGUACGCUGCUAUACAAGAAGAAUUGAAGAGUAUAUGCCAAAAAGUUGAACAAAGUGAACGAGAAGUGGAGAAACUAAUGCUGGAUGUAAACCGACUAAAAGAAGUUAGAAAAGAACAGCAAGCGCAGAUUAAAGCAGCGGGAGAGAAGAAUGUCCAAAACAACCCCCAGGAGAACAUUCUUCUUUGUCAAGCUUUACGAACCUUUUUCCCAGAGUCUGAAGUUCUUCAUUCUUGUGUUAUUUCUUUGAAAAAUAGACAUAUUUCUCAAAGUGGAUGUAACACGAACCACCAUCUUGAUGUGGCAAAGCUGACCUUAAUGGUGGAGUAUGUUCACAGCCCGGACACUAGUCCAGCCCCUGCAGCCCAGCUGACUAAGCGUAAAGCUCUAGACACGCAGGACCCAUGGCCUGUGAAGAAACCGCGACUGCUGGAGACAGAAAGCAGACCUGGGACAGACUCUCGAAGCAGUCACCCAAACAGAACGUCCUCAGGCAGCCUGGAUCUGGACACAGAGAUGGGGAGCACGGAGGAGGAUGGGGACUAUCCUCGCUCUCCCACGUUUUGAUUCUUGUUAGAUGAUAGUUUUGACUUGAUGAGGUUCAGACCACUUUUUUCUUCUAUUUUUACUGUCUGCCUACUGGAGUAACACAUAAAGUCCAUGUUUUACUGUAUUCGACUGUCCAUAAUGUGUAAAUAAGGUAUUUUUACUGCUCAACCGUUUAUAAUAUGUAGGUAAGUUAAUGUUUUAUAAAGUAUCUUAGAAAUUCCUGUUUGUAUCUAGUACUUUGUAAAUGUGCACAGGUUCAGCUCAGGUGCAGCCUCCUCCUCACUUCCUAGCCUCCUCUCUCUGUGCCCUCUGCUGCAGUGGUCCUCCCUCCCUUUUAUGUCUGUGUUCUGUUGUCUUCCUUGCCCCUGUAGAUUCUUUCUCUCCCAUCUCAUGACCCCUGUCUAGUGUCUUUAGCCUCUGUCCAUCCACAUUGAAGUACGUUUUAGAAAUGGAGAAUGUUUGCCUUAUUUAUAUUUGUGGUACAGGAAUGGACCACUGAGUACAGUCCAAAUGGUUUUUGGCUUGGUUUUUGUUGUUUGUUUUGAGACAAGGUUUCUCUGUGUAGUUCUGGCUGUCCCCAAACUCACAAGUAUCUGCUGCCUCUGCCUCCAAGUGCUGGGAUUAAAGAUCCAUGCCACCACACCCAGCUAAGAUGCUUUUAUCUCAAAGCCACAAUCUUUUGCUUCCCCCAAGUUAUCAAGGGAAAGACUUAAAUAGAUGCAUUCUUUUAACUAGAACACUCUUCACAUUGGGAAAGAGAAACUAGCCUUGUUUCACAACAAAAAAAAAGCACAAAAGUUUAUGAAAUUGGGCCUGGGAGUUGGCUCAGCUGGCACAGGCAUCUGCAGACAAGACUGGCAACCUGAGUGGAUUCCUGGGACUCCCGCCAUGGAAGGAAAGAACCGUCUUCCACAAGUGCCUCUGAUACUCACUGUGCCAUAGACAUAAACCCCCAUAAAUGAAUGUAAUAAAUCUAAAGUUUGUAAAGUCUCA